AUGAGCAACCUACUGCUCCUGAGGAGGAGGCUACACACAGGUUCUCUGUCCUCACGGCUCAACCAAGUACGACGCUAUGCAUUGAUUGGCAAGCCAAGUCAAAACCAAAAACCAAUAUGGAGUCUGCCCGAGUCCCCAGCACGAACCCGAUUCGCGCCGUCACCGACAGGCUACCUUCACCUGGGGUCUUUACGAACGGCACUUUUUAAUUAUCUGCUGGCACAAGCCACCGGCGGCCAGUUCGUCAUCCGUCUGGAGGACACCGACCAGACACGAUUUGUCCAUGAUGCGGAGUCACGACUGUACGAAGACAUGCAAUGGGCUGGCUUGACCUGGGACGAAGGACCCGACAAGGGGGGACCUUUCGGCCCGUACAAGCAAUCUGAACGGCUUGAUCUUUACAGGCAGCAUGUAGACAUGCUUUUGGAGAAGGACCAUGCUUUCCGAUGUUUCUGCUCAAAGGAAGACCUCGAGUUCAACCUACAGCAGGCAACCUCCAGCUGCGCCGUGGCUCAUUACCCGGGCACAUGCGUGGGUAUAUCAAAGUCCGAGUCGGACAGGCGUGCCGCAAAUGGCGAGCCGCACGUGGUCCGCUUCAAGACGUCCGAGGUGCCUGUGUCUGCGCCAGACCUGGUCUACGGCGCCUACAAAAAGGCCGAGCGCGAGGACAACUUCAUCAUCAUGAAGAGCGACGGCUUCCCAACCUACCACUUCGCUAACGUGGUUGAUGAUCACUUCAUGAAGAUCACUCACAUCAUACGGGGCGCCGAGUGGCUCAUAUCAACCCCAAAACACAUCGAGCUUUACAACGCAUUCGGUUGGCAGCCUCCCAAUUUUGCCCACGUCGGCCUUCUUGUGGACCAUCAGCGGCAAAAGCUGAGCAAGAGGGACAUCGACAACAUCGGGAUAUCGGUCUUCCGUGACUCAAAUAUCAUGCCAGAGGCCUUGCUUAAUUUCUCAGUCUUGCUCGGCUGGGAUUCAAGCCUGCAAAACCGGCCGCAUCUGGACAAGAGGGGAAGAAUGACUGUGGAGGAGAUGAAAGAAAAUUUUACUUUGAAAUUCACACGAGGAGACAUAGUGGUCGACCUGGCCAAACUCAAGUUCUUCCAGACCCGAUUCACUCGCGAUUUGAUAUCUGGUGCAAUAUCGGAUCCCACUGCCCUGAGUCAACGCAUCCUCAAGCCAAUGCAGUCUGAGCUGGAGCAGCUCAGCCAGGACUUGUCCAAGAACUCGGUGUCGGAGCUCGUAGCAGAAGUUUUUGGUGACAAACCUAAUAUGCGCGUAAAAACGACGCGCCAACGGACACAGCACACAGAGGAGCACAUCCACGAGGUCCUGAAGACCUCCAAAGGCCUAAUGGGAAAUCAUCGCCAGUUCAUAAGGGACAACAUGUAUGCGUUCUGGCAACCAUCGACUUUGGCCUACAAGAACAGCUUCAAGGAGUUCCAAAGCGGUAUGAAGCGCAUCAAAAUGGUUAAGAAAACCCAAAAAAUCUUGAAUAUGGACAUCUCCAAGGUGCUGCUGUACUUUAGGAACUCACUGGACGAGCUCACGCAAGAAGAAUGGACUUUGGAGCAUGUUGGGGCCAAGGCCAAGAAGCUGGCUGAUUCUGUCACUCUUUACAACACGGAAAAGGAUCUUUUCAUGGAGCAUGGCGCUGGUUGGAAGUUCCUCCGGUGGGGUCUCCUUGUUGGAACGCCCGGGCUAUCGGUUGUUCCAGUGAUGGUGCUUCUGGGGCAGGAAGAAACGCUCAAACGCCUCCGAGUAGCGCGUAGGUGUGCUAGGGUCCAAGAAGAAAAGAUGGCGGUCGAGGCCAAGAAGGUAGCGCGGCUACAGCAAUAUUCACGCCUGCACAACAAAGUCAUGGGGCACUCCACCGGCAAGGGCCAGAAGUCACCCCACGGCCAGGUGAGCGAGCCCCGAAAUGUAAAAGUACGAAUUUCCAAAGAGGAGCCCACGGGAACUCGGGGCAAAGCUAAGGGACUCUUGAGGCCGAUGCACCCUGAGUCACACCUACCAGAGAAAGGACCUUUCGUGUCCAAACGUCAGCCACGGUUCGAACCCGUCCUGAGACCAGAAGACCGCCCGCCCAAGCAAUUCAUCAGCUUUGAAGAGUUCAGCACCGGCUCCCGGCACAUCUUGCGCGAGGAGUACUCCGAUCCUGCUCAAAACCCUCCAAUGAAGCGGGCCAAGAAACUCGAGGAAUCGGGGCUGGGGAACCCAGCGAAGCGACUGGGCGCUGCUGCCGAUGAUGCUCCCGGUCCUGUUGGUGCUUUCUACGCCGGGCCUCUGGUCGAUCAUCCCCUCAGAGUAAAGGCGAAUGGAAGGCCUGCCCGAGAUGUUGAGGGCGAACGCCCGUCUAGGGGCGACGCUGACAAAAAACUCGAUGCUGAGGUGGCCGAACUUGAGCAGAACGUAAAGGAAUCUUGGGUUGAGCGCGGCAGGUCAAAGGUUGCCAAAAACACGGAGGACUGA